GUUCCAGGGAGUCCAGCCAAUUGCCCUGUGCUCAACUAGCAGACUACUUCCAGUGGCUUAUGGGGUACAGUCCUACCCUGCCCUGCUAAGAUGCUCCUGGCCUCUCCCUCCGGUUUGUCCAGGGGACGGACCCCCAGCGCAGUGGAGAGGCUGGAGGCUGACAAAGCCAAGUAUGUCAAGACGCACCAAGUGAUCGCUCGACGGCAGGAGCCAGCCCUACGCGGGGGUCCUGGGCCUCUCACUCCGCACCCCUGCAAUGAGCUGGGGGCCCCUGCAUCGCCCAGGACACCCAGAUCUGCCCGGCGGAGCAGCGGGCGACGGCUGCCCAGGCCUGACUCGCUCAUCUUCUACCGCCAGAAGCGGGACUGUAAGGCUUCUGUGAACAAAGAGAACGCCAAAGGCCAGGGCUUGGUGCGGCGCCUCUUUCUGGGCUCCCCGCGAGACGCCGCCUCGACCGCCCCGGGACCAGGCGAGCGCCCCGCGGCUGCUGGGGCCGUUUUUGAAAUGGCCACAGGAGCGCAGGGCAGCGCGCGCGGCGUACUGGAGGUGCUCGCCGGGAGCCGGCCACUGCGCGUUCCGGGGGAGGUCCACUCCGGAAAUCUGGGCUCCACCGCCCUUCAGAGACCCCAGUUCCUGGAGUUCUGCUGCCCCCUAUUGGUUACUAGAGACGAGUAG